CUAAUACGUUAUCACCAUCGGCGCGGAUUUCAAAAUGGCGGAUAAAGUUGUAAACAAACUAACAGUCGCGGUAUCAGGCUGCAAUUUUAACUGUAUUUUACGUCAGUGUGUUUUGGACAUUAAUAAAAGUUGGUGUAGCGUUCUUCUAUGAUGAAUCGAUGAGCCAUUCUAAGACGUUCUUGUUGAAUCGUGAAGCAAAGUGCGUGAUAUUUCUGCCCAAUCGGUGAAGGCAAAAAUAACAAGCCUAAACAUGUAUAUGGCAGUAGAUCACAACAUACAGUUCGAUCAUUCAUUGUGUAUUGUUAACUUCCCGUGGAAGAUGGCCGAGGAAACGUAUGACACAUAAGUUCCAUAACAUGUGUACCCACAGAGAUACACACAAAACCUAGAAAAAGAUUCCAGACUUUGAAGAUCAUAAUGGGGACUUUAUAUGAGUGUCUACGGGAAGCAAGGCUGGAGAAAUAUUAUCCAACUUUUCGUGCUAAUGGAAUAACACGUUCAGAAACUUUGUCAAGAUUGAGUCUACAUGACUGCACAGUCAUGGGAAUAACUUCUGUGGAUGACAGACGUCGGAUGACAGAACUUAUCAACAUAAUAAAAUCUGUUCAUAAUGCAAGUAGAACUCAAAUCCCUAAUCCACAGCCAUCUAGUAAUAUGUCCCGGAAAACAUCACAACCCAGGAAGGUGAGUAGAAGUCCCAAUUCGGCAACAGGACAAAGUGGAGUAUCUCGAGGCCUGGAAGCAACAAGAGACGUCACUGUGACAGACAGAACCCCAAACUUUUCUGCCGCCUCUUAUGUUGAUAUGUUACAGUUACUGACAGAAUCAAGUUCUGAUGAAUCUAGUGAUGAAGCAGUUCAAUCAGAUGAACAGAACAUUCCACGUCAUGUAGCUAGACCAGGUCCAGUUUCCAAGCACUCUCGAGGACAGGUAGAGAGAGUCAAGCACACAGGGUAUAACUAUGGUGUGCCUAAAGGAACACCAAAGACUAAGACUAAACCAACAUCAUCCACAUCAUCGAGAGGUGUGGAGGAUAAGAUUCGUGUUUGUGUGAGAAAAAGACCCGUAUCUCGCAGAGAGGAGAGAUCUGGAGAUGAUGACAUCCUACAGACGGAGGGGACAAAUUCUGUCGUUGUAAAUGAACCGAAGCAGGCUGUUGAUCUCACAGCCUUCACUUUACAGCAUGAAUUUUUCUUUGAUGAAGUAUUUGAUGAAAACUGUUCAAAUGAAGAUGUUUAUUUGCGAGCUGCAAGACCAUUAAUCAACAGUGUAUUUAAUAAUGGUAGCGCCACCUGUUUUGCCUAUGGGCAGACUGGGGCAGGCAAGACUCACACAAUGAUGGGGAAUGACAAUGUACCUGGAUUAUUCCUGCUGGCAUCAAGGGACAUAUUCUCCAUCAUUGAGUCCAAGCAGUACGGGGAAGGCCUCCAUGUCUGGGUCAGCUUCUUCGAGAUCUAUUGUGGCCAGCUCUUUGAUCUCCUCAACAGAAGGAACAGACUCCAUGCACGGGAAGAUGGCUCCCAUAACGUGUGCAUCGCAGGUUUGAUGGAGACCGAAGUCAGUGAGGUAGCAGGGCUUGUCAAGGUGCUGGACUACGGGAACUCGGUACGAAGUAAAGGUGCCACAGGCGUGAACCCAGACUCAUCUCGCUCUCACGCCAUUCUGCAGAUGGAGAUCCGAGACAACGACGAUCACAGGGUUGGCAGGAUCUCUUUCAUUGACCUGGCAGGCAGUGAGCGUGCGGCCGAUGUGACAGACACAGACAAACAGACUAGAUUGGAGGGAGCCGAGAUUAACCAGAGUCUGCUGGCUUUGAAAGAAUGCAUCAGGUCAAUUGACCAGUCAAGUCGUCAUAAACCGUUCCGUCAGAGCAAGCUCACACAUAUCCUGAAGGACUCGUUUGUUGGCAACUCUCGGACCUGUAUGAUAGCCAACAUCUCGCCGACAAUGUCCGCCUGUGAGAAUACGCUCAACACACUGCGAUAUGCAGACAGGGUAAAGGAACUAAAGCGGGAUGGUUCUCGAGGCACAACGAGCAGCCAGGCAGAGAACUUACUCAUGAACAUUCCAAUAUCGGUGCCCUCUGUCUUCCAUCCAUCCAACAUCCUGUCCUGCUCGACUCCGAUGCGACCAGUCACGCGACACACGGCUCAGCGACCCCCGGAUGACAGCAUGUUGGACCCAGCAGACACCCCAGUCCGUGGACACUUUCAGCAGAAGAAAAAUACCAAAUCAAAAACACCCAACAUUGCCCAAAGUUCGUCCGUGCCAAAACAGUCAGUUGCUGCAGCUCGUGAUGCUUCUCCAUCCAGGAGAAGGAUCUCCAGGCCACCACGAGAUCCUUCGCCAGCCCGAGAACAUGUCCUCAGACAGAACAUCCCCCCUCCUCACUUGGUCCCCCCCCAACAAACCUCAUCUCCAAGUGGGUCGGACAAAACAGACUCAGAAUCUUGUAAUAUAACACUGCCACGGAACAACAAUCUCCCUCAGCCAAACAUUCCAGUUGCCCAGUCAACAGAUACAGAGUUUGACUUCCCAACGUCAGAUUUUAAUGUGCCAGAAGAAUUAAAUGAUCUCAAUAAAACAGGAGAAAAGAAACAGGACCCCAGGAAACGUGUCGGAGAGACUGGUCAUGGGGUAGACAAGCCCCAAGGUGCAGCUCAGGGAAAUACUAAAUCAUCAGGUCGAAUGCUUCCAGAGACUCCCAUGGGAGGUAAAGUACAAAGACCUCAAAGCACUGACUCUGCACUGCAACAAGAGAGGGAGCCCGACAAAGGUCACCAAGUGAUUAGACAGAUCCCCAGAAGUAACUCACCAGCAACCAGACGACCUCCUUCUCCUGCAGCCGAGGCAGUAGGGGGCGUGCCACACCCCACCCCAUCAGUGUCAGCGCCGGUGCCAUAUGCUGCUGUUCCUACGAUUACUCCUGUAGCGGAGAGUAUUGAAGAUGACCAAUUGUUUGACAACCCUGGUCAAGGUGCAAGACAGCCUGUAAUAAGAUCCAACUCUAUAGCAAGCCCUCAAUCAAAGAAUGGCUUAAGCAGGCUGAAUGGUGGCAGCCAACUGAGUGUGAUCCCUGCAGUGUUGCCUGCAUCCAGCAGUGACCUCAGCUUCACCCAGAGGGCACCAGUGCGACCUCCAGCAGACAUGGAGGGCAUCCUUCUCACUCCCCGGGCUGUUGACGCCAUGUCAGGUCGGCAGCCACCUGAACCCCACAUCUUCGUGUCUGAUGUCAGUGACAUUCCUGAGCCAGAACCAGUCCCUCCACCUCCCAGCAUUCCUCAUCACCGAGACGAAAGUCCAAAAUGCGCUUCCCCCAAACCCGAUCUUCCGCCCCGAUCAUCUCAGUCCAGGGAGAGGCGGACGAGGCAUGCCUCCCACUCCUCCCAGUCCAGUGAUGACUCGUCCAUGGAGGGAGUGAGGACGUCCCAGUCCGACUCGGCUCAAGGACCUUACAAGGUCAGGUCAAGGAGCAAAAGUAAAAUGACUGAUUUGAGAAAAGAAAAGAGUGACCCUAUGAUAGCUCUUCAUAUGCAGACGAAGAAACAAACUCUCCCCAACCCAGAUGACUUCCACAAGUAUCUGUCCCGAGGAAACACACCCAAGGUUGGGCAGACGUCGUCUAGUCCGAUGUCAGUUCCGCUUUCCAAACUAUCCUCUCCUGAAGCAGGUCCAAGCCAACCAGUCAUGAACAUCCUCAGCGAGUCCGACCAGACAGAGUUAAAGUCAGGACGAAGUAGUCCAGCGCACAGGAUGACGAGCCAGGAUUCGCGAAGAUCACCGGUCGCCUAUGACAAACAUGCUACUGGUGAUUGUAAAUCAAGUGUGAAGUCAAAGAGCAGAAUGUCCGUGGCUGACUUGUUGAAGACGACGAAUAGAGGGGAAAGAGCCAAGUCCCCAAAAGCUUCAACCCCGACACACGGUGUCAGUUCCAAUUACCAGAAACAUGGGUCUCCACAGACCGUACAUAGCGACAACACACGGUAUAGCUCACAGACCGUACAUAGCGACAACACACGGUAUAGCUCACAGACCGUACAGAGUGACAACUCACGGUAUAGCUCACACACUGCCCGCACCGACAAUCGGCAGCACAACAAGGAAAAUAUCUCCAUGUCCUCCAAGAGUGACUCGUCCCAGCAAAGUUCCUUAAACUCCGAGAUCCUGGGCAAAAACACACAGACUACGAGAGGGAGUUUUGUUGUGAGGAACAGCAAUUCCCCGACGGGAGCCAAAUCGUCUAGCUCUGUCAUUGUAACAGAGAAGUUGACCGUAGGAGCCAUCUUCUCCCCGAUCCACCCUCAGCCUAUCACCAGUCAUGCCAUCACCCAAAACGUCUCCCCUACCAGUCCGGGGCCCGAGGUGGUGCAACCCAAACCUGUCACCCCCGUGUCGGCGCCACCGGUGUCAGCUUCAGUAGCAGGGUCUGUGGCGGGGUCCGUCGCCAUGGAGAGAGAGAGCAUCAUCAGCCAGGGAAUCCCACUGGAUGACAGAAAUGAUCCAAGGAGCCGCCUCAUCAUGUCCCACGAAGACCAGCUGGCUUCAGUUACCUCCCUUUGUAAGCAGGAAAUGAAACUACUGCUGAGUGCCAAGUCAGGACAUCGGAGUUUUGAAGACUAUCUGAGGAAGCUGGGGGAUAUUCUGAGUCACAAGAUGUCGGUGAUGCAGCAGCUACAAAGCCAAAUCUCUGGCUACUGCAGCGACCAUGGGAUUCAGCGGAGAUCGGUCAGCCAGUCAUCCACCUCCACCAUCCGAUCCCACCAGCACCUGUAGCUGUCUCCGCCUCUGACAUGUCACACCUCCCAUAGUCCCAGAGAUAAUGUGAACCUAAAAAUUAUGCAAGCGACCUCGGGACCUGUUCGACACGCUAUGGUUGUGACGUUAUUUUAAAAGAAAAAGAAUUCCCCUAAUCAAAGGGCUAUGAGGACUGUGACCUCAGUAACUGGAUUAUCGUGAUUGGUCAGUUUUAACCCAGUGUCCACAGUAUCACAAUCUCCUUCAAUUCCGAACUGUUAACCUGAUACGAUGCCUCUUUGGGUGUAGAAACGACAUGAAGUAUAAACUAUCCCCAGUAAUAUACUGUGAAUAUGACACAUUUUGCGAUCAGGAAAGUGCAUUAGCUUCAUGACAGAUAUUUUUGAAGAUAAACAACAAACAAAAAAGGAACCAGGCAUAUUUCUUUAUUCACUUCAACACACUGUCAUCCUGCCAGUACAAGAUUAAACUAAUAAUCCGUCACAUACGGUUUCCUUAAUAACACAUUGUCACUCAGUGUCAGUAGUCAAAUGAGGAAAGUUCCCUAACCGUCCACAUCUGGUCAAGUUGCUUACAUAUCACUGAGUAGUCCAGACAUACACCAGCCUUAUAAAACUAUGGUCAGAUAGACACGCUACUCCAACCUUCCUUGUCAGCUACAACAACACAUGCAUCUAUAGUUUAAAAAACACCAACUGACACUGAGUUACCAUUUUAUUACACUGCUUCCUACUUUAUAAAAAAUAACAUGAAGAAGUAGCUUUGAUGUUUUGUAAUCUCAUCAUCAGGGUGUCGCAAAACUUUCCUGAUGCAGUCAAGGCUAUUGUUAGCCACUCGUUAUCAUUUCAUAGCUCAAAUCUUUCCAGAUACAUUUACAGUAAUGGCACAGUAUUAGUUGUUCUUUUACAGACACAGGAAUCAGCUAUGUUGGUCUUGUAGCGAGACUUGCUGAUCAGAAAGGCACAUGACACGACCUAUGGAGGUGGUUGCAAAUUUUGACACAGAGAGAUAUCGUAUCAGUGUAAAAGAUCAAAUUUUACAAUGUUAGAGGUCCAACGAGGUCACGUUAGCGCACAGAUGAAGUUGGAGAAGUCAGUUUAGUUUAAAGGAGGUAGAGACUGGGAUAUUACACACUCAUACAUCUGUCAAUGAAGGAUUCUCCCAACACAUUGAAACAAUCUUACUUGGUGCUUCAUUAACUGUGCCAAAUUCAUCUGAUCUUGAGUUUGAAUCUUGAGUUUGAAUCCCAGAUUCGCACUAAUUCUUGGUUUGUUUUCGCCGUACCAGUGCAUGUGGGUCUCACAGACUAGCAUCACUUCAGGCUCUCCUUUUAUAACUGAAAUACUGUUGGAAGCAGCAUUUAACCAAACACACUCACUUAAUUUGAACGCUCCAUCCAACGCCUUCAAGUUCCUCAUCCUUGUUCAUCAUCAACAUCCAGUACAUCAUGCCAGUCUUCGUCUCCACCAACCCCUCCAUGUUGAACAAGUGUAACCAUGGCAACACAGUUACUUGUCACCCUUCAGUAUUAGAGAUCUGUAGUUGUUUAGUGUCCUGCUGUUUACAAGUGCUUUCAUCUGAUGACGCCGUCUAGUAUCCUCGGACUGUUAUCUGCAUGCUUGUCCUCUCGACGUGUUUAUAUGUCGAGGAAUAUUACCAGAUUAGGCUUAAAAAAAUGAAAGAAUUGGUUCUCAGGAAAAAAGGCCUUGGAAAAUACAGUGCAGGUGGGCGGUGUUUUUGUUGUUGUUGUUUCUAGUAUGUAACCAAAUAAACAGUUGUGUACAAUCAACCUGAGAAAGGACCUCCCUACAUAUAUAUAUUCCUUGAUAAGUAAAAUACUGGAAAACAGUAUUUGAAUACCGUUGGAUUUGGAAUAUUUAAGUUUUUUUUUUGGUUUAAAAAAAAAUGGAAAUAAAAGGGAAAUGUGCAGGGAACUUUAAUAUGAUGAUGAUGCGGGCGGUGCCUGAGAACCAAGACUAAUAUUUUUUUUAGCGGUCAUGUUACUUUUGUCAUUUUACAAAAAAGUUUUGAUAUUUAUAUGAUUUGCAUCCAUGGGUUAUGCUAAUCCAUGUGGGUAUCCAUGGACUAUAUAGAUUUCUUGUGUUUCCCAUAGACUAUGUUGAUAUAUAUAGGUAUCCAUGGACUUUCUACAUUUGUUGUCUCAUUGUUACAUGUCAUCAGGAUUCCAUCCAUUACUGCUCCCCAGACAGCAGAGUCUGUCCUUGCUUCAUACAGACUGGUCAUAUACAGGGCAACGUCCUCAGGUACUCUGUGUUGUGGGAAGACAGUGGUACCUUACCAUCCCACGUGAAGAGCCGGGUUACUAUUGGUCAUCAGCAACCCAUGCUUGUCUCUCCCUGUAAAAAUCUGGGUUACGUCGUUAAACAACAAACAAACAAACUGAAAACUGUUUCUGUUCCCUGUGAUAUUGACAUCAUUAAAAUAGCAAGAUUAUAAUUUAACUGAUGCCUGGAUAUGUAGUUUCCACACACACACUUACACAUACACAAGCAGUUUACAUGCAGGUGUCCACACUAACAGGUUUCCACACUAACAGGGUUUCACUGUGGAGGGAUCAUGGCAGCCAUCAGACCAAUGGUUGACAGUUGUAGCAUCGUAGUCAAACCCUGUCACCAAGGCUACAAUGUAACAAUAAUGACAGUUCAAAGAGUUAUCUCCCCUCCCAUACUGAACAAGAAUACAGUUCCAAUUGAGCGUUGUUUACUCAAGUUUGUGGAAGAUGAUACAAGUUGUUAAUGAUGAGAUAAUCUCCUGUAGUGACCUCCACUUGCAGGCCAUGUGUUGCUGUGAUGUCAGUGGUCAGUCUUGGUCUGGUUUGUUUGUAGUAUGUAGACAGCUUUGCUAAUCUGUGACAAAUGGCAGCGUGUAAACUGUGAUACUUGUACCCUACCAACCCAUCAUGAAGCUGUUGACACCAAUCACGGGUUUUACUUGCAUAUAUUGUAUUGUACUGUUUAUGUUAUUGACAAGAACAGAUUUAAUCACAUUAAGUUUUACCAUGCUGUUAAAUUAUUGAUUUUAUCGGUGUCAAAAUCUGUUUGUUGGGAUUCAUUUUGAAUAAUGUAAUAUGGAAGUAUUGAUUACAGCACAUUUCUAAACACUGCUAUAUUGGGACCGAAGAUUGUGAUGUCACCUCUUGUUACCUGUAACAAUGAAACUAGGGACUCAUCACAAUGUCUGUGACAUGAUCACGCCAACUAUCUUUGUUUGGAGGAACUCCUGAACUAAUCCCUCAAUGGUGUUCGUUUAGCUGAGUUAGUUUUACUGUGGCUGAGGGAUGGGCAAAUGUGUGGCCGGAAGCAGCAGAGAUAUUUCAACAAUGCAUUUAGUGGGCCGUGCUGAUCUAGUGGCCAAUGUCAGGACACAACUCCUUGUCGGAGCCCAUGGUUGUGCACCACUUGUAUGUCAAACAGUCCAUCCAUAUUUAUUUGAUUUACAGUAGUUUUAAUGUCUUUGCAUAUGAUAUUAUAAUCAAAUAAAUUAUUUUCUAUAGAA